GCGGUGGUUGAGGCCAUGGUAGGUGGGACCGGUGGCGGCGCUGCUGCUGCCGCCUGGAAAGUCUCCCCAGUCGUCUGAUCAAUGAACUAACUCCCUUCCAUGGCAGGCAGGGCGGCUGCUGCUCCUUCUACAGGCUCUCCCGCCCAGCGCUGCUCUCGGAGCCCAGCAGGAGGAAGAGGCUGCAGGAGGGAGAGGAGCCGCAGGGGGAGGGGACGGGGGCAUUUCCCCUGACUUUUAGCCGAGUUCAGGAGGAGGAGGAGGAGGAGGAGGUGCUGGAAGAGGAGGAGGAGGAGGAGGGGACAGGAGAAGUCAGCACCGCGGCGCCCGCAGGAGCAGCAGCAACAGCAGCAGCAAUAGCAGCAGCAGCAGCAAGCAGCCCUAGCCUAGCCUAGCCCAGCCCAGCCCAGCCCAACCCAGCCCCGGCCCCCGACGCCUGCAGCCCAACGAAAGGGAGUUUCCCCUGGACUAGCCUCGGAACUAGUGGCUCCCAAAGUUGCCCCCUCCCCCAUCCUUGCACCCUGCCAUAGGCUCCCCCUCCCCCGCCCUCCAAGGCUUCAGGCAAUGAUUUUCCCCAAUAGCAGCGGGAAUCCGGGGGGCAGUGGCACCAGCCGAACCCCCUUUCGGAAGCAGCAGUCUAUUGUGCCAGCCCACCCAAUGGCUCCUCCCAGCCCCAGUACCACCAGCAGUAAUAACAACAGUAGCAACAGUAGCAGCUCAGGGUGGGAUCAACUAAGCAAAACGAACCUUUAUAUCAGAGGACUGCCUCCCAAUACCACAGACCAGGACCUGGUGAAACUUUGUCAACCAUACGGAAAAAUCGUCUCCACAAAGGCAAUUUUGGACAAAACAACUAAUAAAUGCAAAGGUUAUGGUUUUGUGGAUUUUGACAGCCCAGCUGCUGCUCAGAAAGCAGUCUCAGCUCUAAAAGCUACUGGAGUUCAAGCCCAGAUGGCAAAGCAACAGGAACAAGAUCCUACAAACCUGUAUAUUUCUAAUUUGCCACUGUCCAUGGAUGAGCAAGAACUUGAAAACAUGCUCAAACCAUUUGGACAAGUAAUCUCUACAAGGAUACUGCGUGAUUCCAGUGGUACAAGUCGUGGUGUUGGCUUUGCCAGGAUGGAAUCAACAGAAAAAUGUGAAGCUGUUAUUGGUCAUUUUAAUGGAAAAUUCAUUAAGACACCCCCAGGAGUUUCUGCUCCUGCAGAACCUCUGUUGUGCAAGUUUGCAGAUGGCGGACAGAAGAAGCGACAAAAUCAGAACAAGUACAUACAGAAUGGGAGAGCAUGGCACAGAGAAGGCGAGGCUGGAAUGACACUUACCUAUGAUCCAACUACAGCUGCUUUACAGAACGGAUUUUAUCCUUCACCUUACAGUAUUGCUACAAAUCGAAUGAUCACUCAAACGUCUAUUACACCUUAUAUUGCUUCUCCUGUUUCUACAUACCAGGUGCAGAGUCCUUCAUGGAUGCAGCCUCAACCAUAUAUUUUGCAGCACCCUGGUGCUGUGUUAACUCCCUCCAUGGACCAUACUAUGUCACUACAGCCUACAUCAAUGAUCAGCCCUCUGGCCCAACAGAUGAGUCAUCUUUCACUAGGCAAUACUGGAACAUACAUGCCUGCCACAACAGCUAUGCAAGGAGCCUAUAUACCCCAGUAUACACAUGUUCAGACAGCAGCUGUUCCCGUUGAGGAAGCAAGUGGUCAGCAACAGGUUGCCGUAGAGACGUCCAGUGAUCAUUCUCCAUAUACCUAUCAACAAAAUAAGUAACUGUGAGAUGUAUAGAGGAGUGUCCUUACCUGAAGAAGGGUGUGAAGGCUGAAACAAUCAUGGAUUUUUCUGAUCAAUUGUGCUUUAGGAAUUAUUGACAGUUUUGCACAGGUUCUUGAAAACGUUAUUUAUAAUGAAAUCAACUAAAACUAUUUUUGCUAUAAGUUCUAUAAGGUGCAUAAAAAUCCUUAAAUUCAUCUAGUAGCUGUUCCCCCGAACAGGUUUAUUUUAGUAAAAAAAAAAAAAAGUUUUUAUCAAGUGUUAUGACGCAAAAAAAAAAAAAAAAAAGAAAAAAAAAGAAAACAAUUUUCUGGGAA